GUGGCUGAGUGAUGUACAAUGAACUUAUAAAGCGAGAAAAAUAAAGAGAGACUGUUUGAUGAUAGAUUAUCUUUCUUUUUUGUUUACUUCAAAGGACAAGGAAUCUACAGAAAGAUUACUUGCUUCCAUGUAUUACUUUCAAUUAUUUAUGUUCUGGACAGAUUAUCUCACACAACAAGCAUCGUUACUUGAACUUGUCACCAAGUUAUCCUCCUCUUUCUCUCUAAUCUCUCAUUUAGACAUUGGGUAACAGUUGAAAUCUCCCUUCAUCUUUAGCCUCUCCCUAACUCAAAAUCUUCUUUUGAUGCUUUCUUAGCUUCUUCCCUCUAAAUGUCUCAUCAUCAUCAUUAUGAAACCAACCCCCAUUUCGCGCGCCUUCCAUCUCAGAACCAACACCUCAAAGGUGGUGGUGCCUCUACCUCACAAACACCCCCACAUCAAACCUCGAAAUCUCACCCGAAAGCUGCACCAGGAAUCCAAAUCAAGCCUCGUGAUCGCCACGGUAAACGUCCAGUCCACGAACCUCCUCAUUCCGUAAUACCUGUACCACUAAGACCAGAAGAUCAAGGUAAACGACCGGUCCACGAACCGCCUCAUUCCGUAAUACCUGUACCACUAAGACCAGAAGAGAGACUACCCCCACGGGAGACUUCAAACUCUUCCAAGAUACCAGUACUAUCAAGCCCUGAAGAGAAACGACCAGCACGGAAGAAGAAUCCAAACUCUGCUAAAAGACCGUUACUAUUAAGCCCUGACGGUCAUCAUCAACAACAACAACAACGAUCUCCAUCUCCACCACAAGCACCACGCGGUUAUACAACAUCAUUACCUCCCAUAGCCAAACCAACUCCAUGGAGAACCGCUCCAACACCAUCACCGCAUCACCGUGGUAGCCACCGGACACCACCACCGCCUUCAAGAGACCGACCUUCAAGAGACCAAACAAACGCAGCGACAUGGUCAGCCGCAUUCUGCUGUGCUAUUUUCUGGAUCAUUCUUAUUCUCAGCGGUCUAGUCGUCCUAAUCGUCUACCUAGUGUACCGUCCACGCUCUCCUCACAUCGACAUCUCAUCAGCUAACCUAAACGCUGCUUAUCUCGACAUGGGGUUUCUACUAAACGGAGACCUAACCAUGUUGGCAAACUUCACAAACCCAAACAAGAAAAGCAGUGUAGAGUUCACCUCUUUGACGUUCGAGCUUUACUAUUACAACACUCUCAUAGCGUCUCAGUACAUUCAGCCUUUCAAGGUUCCUAAGAAGAUGUCCAUGUUUGCGAACGUUCAUCUCGUGACCAGUCAAGUUCAGCUUGAGCCAACGCAGAGCCGGGAGCUGCAGCGUCAGAUUGAAAACGGUCCGGUUUUGUUGAACGUGAGAGGAACGUUUCAUGCACGUUCGAACUUAGGGGCCUUGUUUAGGUACUCUUAUACGUUGCAUACUCAUUGCAGCUUUUCUUUGAAUAGUCCUCCUUCUGGAGCUAUGCGUGCUAGAAGAUGCAGUACCAAACGCUAACGUAUUGUUAUUUUCGUUUGCUCCAUUUUUUUUUAUCUUCGGAAAAUAAUUAAUUUACUGUACUCAUUGAUAACUCUGUCUGAUUUAUUAAUUUAAAUCAUUUGAUUUUAUGUGCGUUAUUAAUUUUUGCUAAGUAGAGUUAAAGUUCCUAACUUAAGAAGGCUGUCUUAAGACUUUUUUAACUUUAUUGAAUGUUAUACAUGAAAGAAUGAAUAAUACCAAAGGUUUUUUUUUUUUUUUUUUUGUUUAACCUGGGGGUAUCCCAGGCCCAGAAGGCCCAGACUAAUCCCCAAGGGGAAGGAAUGCCCACGGAUAGACGCCCCUCCCAGUUUUUCAAAUGGGCCGAAAGCAUGGCCCAUAUCCGUGUGGGUGACAAGAGCGUUGCAAGGUAGUUCCCUCCGGCGUGGAUCGAACCCCCUACCUGGGUGCAGGCGGGGACCCGUCCUAACCAUUGGGCUACAACGUCUUGUCAAUACCAAAGGUUUUUGCUUGUAACUUUUUUUCAAUUAGAUCUUAAAUCUUUGACCUGUAAAUGUAAUACUAGUAAUUUACUUGCGUACUAAACACCAACAAGUUCUGAGUUAGCAG